GCCGGAAGCCUCGAAAGGGCACUUCCGGUGCUGAUGUGGCCGGAACCCAGAGGGGGCGCGAGCUGAGAAGAGGCUCAAGAUGCUGAGCCGCCUGUCGGGUCUGGCCAACACGGUCCUGCACGAGCUGUCGGGGGACGGAGAGGAUGCCGGGUCUCCAGCUCUGCCUGUUGGGACCGAGCCAGAAGCUGGCCAGCAGAAUGGAGAGGAGGCGACCGAGGAUGUCUUGGAGCGGCUGGCCCACAUGGAAAGGCUGGUGGUGCAGCUGAAGGAUCUGGUGCGGGAGAAGGACACACAGCUCUGGCAGAAGGAUGCCCAGCUCCAGGACGAAAGGCAGGCUGCCGAGGCCAAGCUGCUGAAGCUGAAGCUGCAGGCCAAGGCGAAGCUGGCGUCUCUGAACAAGCGCAUUGAGGAGCUGACGGAGCGAGGAGCGGCAUCGCCUGCCAGCCCCCUACCGGGAGAGCCAGCAUCUCCGGCUCAGGUGGAAAGUGAGCAGAGGCCACAGGACAAGCAGGAGGAGGAGGAGGAGGAGACGGAGGGGCUGAGAAGGCGGCUCCGGGAGCAGGAGGAAGCCGCAGGGAAGCUCCAGGAACAGCUGCAAGCAGCCACAGAGAGCCUGAGUCAUGCCCAGGCCCAGCUCACGGUUCUGCAAGAGGAAGUCCAGGAGAAGGAGACUCAGCUCAGGGAACAGGCCCACCAGCACCAGACUGAAUUGCAGCAGUUAAUGGCUCCAUCGGCUCUGGAAGUGGAAAUGCAGCAGAACCUGAGGCUGUUGCAACAGAAACUGGAGGAGCAGGAGGCUGCCUUGCUCGGGCGAACGCAGGUGGUGGAGCUGCUGCAGCAGGAGCUGAACGCCCUCGAAGAGCAGAGACAGGCUCUCUUGGAGAAAUUCCAGAAGGCGGAGGCCGAAGCGGAUUCUCUGCGGAACACUUUAACCUCUGAGAGACAGGAGUCACAAAGCCGGGCGGAGAGGUUGGAGCUGGAGCUAGCAGAGCAGAAGAUGGCCUUCCACCGCCUGCAGGAGGAGGUCCAGGAGGUCGCUCAGGAGCUGGCUCAAGCCCGAGCCGCUCAGGCCGACCUUGAGAGGAAGAGCCAGGCGGCCGAGCAGAGACACGCUGGGGAGUUGGCCCAGAAGGGCCAAGAAAUCGCCGAGCUCCAAAAGGUGGAGCAAGAUUUGCGGUCCUGCUAUGAGGCUCUUCGAGAUGAGAAUGCCCAGCUGCGGCAGGAUCUCGGCGGCCCCACCGAGGCCUCCGCUGAAGACGCUCCUCUCCAGCAAGGGGAGCUUCCUGAAAAGCCCCAAGGGCCUGGCCUGUCGCAGGCGGAAGCGGAAGCCCAGGAGGCAGGGCAGGUCAUUCCGCUGGAAAGCCAGCCCGUCUCCGAGCUGAGCGCAGCGGCCUCGCCCGGGAGGGACGGUGGGCAGCAGGAGGGCCGACAGCACGAGGCUGCAGGGGAGGCUCCAGGACCUGAAACAGGAAUAACUCCGGUGGCUCUUUUCACCACCUUUGGUAGCCACCUUAAAAAUGUUUCCCAUUCUGUUUUAUGCUGCCAGCAGGAUAUUUCCGUGGCUGCUUCCCCUAACCCUCAACCCCUCCCUGGUGAACCUGCCAUGCUGGAGAAGAGCCCUGGAUUUGGAGAAGGCGCGCCAGAGUCAAACCAGGUUGGCGGUGCUGAAACAACCCCCGAGGAACCUCCCCAGCUGCUUGAGCUUCAGGGCUCGCUGGAGCGUCACAAGAGCGAGAGAGGGGAGGAGGAUCUGCCCUUGUCAGAGGCACCGUCUGCCCCAGCUCAGCCCACCCCGUGUGAGAGCCCUCGGGAGCUGCCCCACGGCACAGAGAACAGCCCCACGGACAUCUUGGAGUAUCUUUCCCAGAAGAAGCACAAAGACCUCUCAGUCUUGCUGUUGGAGCUGCAGGAGGCUCAGGAAGAAAUCGCUUUUCUCAAAGGACAGCUUCCGGUCUCCAGCCAGCUGGAUGCUGAAGGCGCUCAGCAGCAGCCCAGAGAACCGUUGCAGGACAGUGGUGGAGAGAGAGGAGGAGAGGAAGGGCUGGCACUCAUCCAGAGCGACUCAAGUAGCAGUUCACUGGUCACCGUGGACGUUCAGGAAGAUUCCCCUCCCUUGGUGGGAACGCUCCAACGGCAAGACAGCUCCUGCGCAGAGGACGAAGAAGGCGCCCAGAAGCUUCCCCCGCGCUCUGUGCUGCCGAUGGAAGGGAGCGAGCUGCGAACCAGGCAGCAGGAAGCCGAGGAGCUCCACAAGAGGGCCUUGGAGGAGAGAGAGGUGGAGAUUCAGAGGCUGCGGCAGCUGCUCGAGGACUCCGACGGGACCUUGCGUACCCUAAGGGCCGAGCGGGACGAGCUCCUCUCCCGGCUGGAGGAGCUCUGUAGCCUGGCAGAGCUGAAGGCGCAGGUGAGGCAGCUGGAGGGGGACCUGGCUGACGCUGAGAAGCGCCGCCUCUCGGACUACGAAGACGGACUCUCCCGACUGGGCCUCUUGAAGGAGGAAAUCCAGAGCCUGAACAACGAGGCCAGGUCCAAAGAGGUGAAGAUCUCUGCCCUGCAGAAGGACCUGGAUGAGGCUCAGUGUCGCCUGGCCGAGCAGGACCGGCUGGCCAAAAGCUUGAGCGGCCAACUCCAGAAAGCGGAGCAAGAGCAGCGGAGCUUGGUGGGCCAGCUGCAGGCGGCCUCGGCCGAGGCGGAAGAGCUCUCCCGACGCCUCACAUCCGAGGAACAGGAGUCGGCCCGGCUGGAGCGGCUCCUGUCCGAAAGCGCCAGGGAGACAGAGAGGCUCCGACAGCAAGUGGCAGAGCGGGAGGAGCAGAUGGCCGAGGUCAGCCGCAGCAUGUCUGACCGGAUGGUCCAGCUGAACGAAGAGAAGUUUCUGUUGGGCAAGGAGCUGCAGAGCCUGACCGAGCGGCUGAGCCUGCAGCUGCAGGAGAAGCCGACCCGAGACCAGAGCGUGGGGACGGAGGAGGAGGAGGAAGGGGAGGCCGAGCGGCCGGACAGGAGGGCAGUUUCUGCCGGACAGGAGAUGGAGGCACUGAGGAAGGAAAAUGAGCAAGUGAGGAAGAAGCUGCAGGCCGCCCUGGUCAGCCGGAAGGAGCUCCUGAGCCGAGUCCGCCAGUUGGAGAGGGAGCUGGAAGAGGGGAGACGAGAGCUGGCCAAGCCUGGAGUCAAAGGCCAGGAUGAAGAGGAGGAGGAGGAGGAUGGUAAAGAGGAACCCCUGGCGAGCGGCCGGGAUGCCGGUGGAGAGGCACAGCCUGCCGGGCGAGGCCAGGAGCCCCCUCUCAGCCCGCUGCUUUCUGCCAAAGAGACCGAGCUGCAAGCUGCCCUCGAGGAGAAAGAAUCCGCCGUGGCUUCCCUUCAGGCGGCGGUGGCAGAGCUGCAGCAGAGCUUGAAGGAGAAGGACCUCUGGAUUGGUGCCCUGCAAGCGGAGCUUAAGGCCCAGCACUCGGCCCCCGGGGGCCAGACCUCCAUGGAUCAGAGCACGGGGCUGUCUGAGACCGCCGCCCCACUGGGACGGGAGCAAAGCAGCGCGAUUGGCCUCGUCCUGGAAGAAGAAACAUCUCCCAAAGCUGGCUUGGAAGAGAGGCUCUCUGUUCUGAAGCAGGAAAAGGAGCAGCUCCAGAAGAAGCUCCAGGAAGCUCUGGCCUCGCGCAAGGACACCCUCAAAAAAGCCCAGGAGAAGGACCGCCACCACCGGGAGCAGCUGAGGCAGCAGAAGGAGGACUACAGCGUCCUGCAGGAGCAGCUGGAGCAGCAGAUGAAGGCGAAAGAGAGGCUGCAAGACCAGCUGCAGGCCCUGAGCACCACCCUGGAGAACUCUUCCCUUCCCGAACCUGCCAAGGAGGUUCCUUCCGAAGGAGGGCCCGCGGUGGAGGUCUCUCCAGAGUGUGUCCUGACCAGUGAGCCCCUGGCAACUGAAGGCCUUCUUGUGGAACAGCUCAAGGCUGACCUUGAACGUCUUCGGGAUGAGAAAAAGGAGCUGGAAAACCAUGCCAGCAACCUGGAAGGCGAGCUGGCCAAGACGUCUGCCACCAUCCGGCAGCUCCAGGAGCAGUCCCGGGAGCUGCUCGCUGAGCUGGAGGGAGUGAAGGGAGCCUGCUCUCAAGCGGAAGCCAGGGCAGCGAGCCUUCGGCAGGAGCUGGACCAGAGCCGAGCUGAGGUGGCCAGGCUAGAGAACCUGAGACUCCGACAGGUGGAGCUGGAGGAGGGGAAGGCACGGGCUAGCAAAGAAGAAAUCGAAAGCCUGAACUCCCAGCUAGCAGAGAAAUGUGAAUCUGUGCGCUGCCUCCAGGCGCAGCUGCAGGAAAGAGAGAACACCGUCAAAGUCCUGCAAGGCCAGCUGGAGAUCCAGAGCAGGGAACAAGCCCAACAGCACCGGCACGUCGAAGCGGCUGAAGCGCAGCAGAAAGCGGCUGAAGAAGCUGCCGAGGGAGCCUCGAGGGCCCAGCUCCAAAGGAAGCUCCAGGCUGCCCUCAUCUCUCGGAAGGAGGCGUUGAAAGAGAGCAAGAUGCUGAAAGAAGAGCUGUCCAGCACGAAGGCCGCUCUGGAAAGUGCUUCCGCCCGCCUGCUGGAGGCCGAGAGCCAGGCCUCUGAGCUGGAAAAGGAGAAGGGGGCGCUUCUAGAGAAACUAGCGGUGCUCGGAGAGGAGCGGGAGAAGCUCAUUGCGGAAGUGGACAGAGCCUUGGUGGAAAACCAGAGCGUGUCCAGCUCCUGCGAGAGUCUGAAGUUGGCCCUGGAGAGGGUGACUCAGGAGAAGACAAGAUGGGAGGAGGAGGUGGGCACUCUGCAGCAGUCCCACGCCCAGGCGCUUUCGGAAGGGCAGGAGAAGCACCAGGAGUUGCAGAAGGAGUACGAGACCCUCCUGCAGUCAUACGAGAACAUCAGCGAUGAGGCCGAGAGGAUCCAGCGGGUGGUGGAGAGCGUUCGACAGGAGAAGCAGGAGCUCUUCCUCCGGCUCAAGGACGCCGAGGCUGAGAAGAGGGAGGUGGAGGCCCGCUUGCAGGGGGCCGAGCAGGAGAUGGAGGGGAUGAGAGAGAAGAUGAGGAAGUUUGCCAAGUCCAAGCAGCAGAAGAUCCUGGAACUGGAAGAGGAGAAUGAGCGGCUGAGGGCGGACGGGCGUCCAGCCGGCGAUGGCUCUGGAGGGGCCGAAGAGGCCAGCGCCCACCUCAGAGGAGAGCUGGAGAGCGCCCAGAGGACCUGCGAGUCCUUGUCCUGUCAGCUGGAGGCACUGCUGUCGGAGAAGGAGGCUCUGAGCCAGCAGAUCCAGGACUUGAGGCGGUCGGCCCAGACCCAGGCAGAAGGAUUGGAAAAGAGCAGCCAGCCGGAGGAGAGCUGCGUAGCCAGUGAAGCCGUCGGCUCCGCAAGGGCAAGGCCUCCGGAGGCGGUGGCCGCAGAGACCCAUCGAGAUGCCGUCCCUGAACCUCUGGAGCCCACCACUGGGGAGGAAAGGGGACCUUCGCAGGAUGAGAUCAAUGGCUACCUUCAGCAGGUGGCGCAGCUCUCGGAGCAGGUCGCAGAACUGGAAGAGAAGAGGAAGGCGGCAGCCGAGGAGAUGGGCCAAGUUCGGAGGGAUUUGGAGACCCUCGGAGAGGAGAAGAGAGGCCUGGAGGAGCUCCUGGCUGCCAGAGGGCACGAACUGCACGUUCUGCAGGAGAAGGUGCUCACGAUGGAGCGAGCCGGGCAGCAGGCCGAGGAGCAACGGGCAGAGGCCAGGAGGCUGAAAGAAGCUCUGGAGGCGGAGAAGGAUGACCUGGAGGAGAGGCUCAUGAACCAGCUGGCAGAGCUGAAUGGGAGUAUCGGGAACUACCAGCAAGAGGUGGUGGACUUGCAGAGCCAAAACCAGCAGCUACGAAGCGAGGUGGAGAGCCUCCGGGAGACCUUGAGCCAACUGGAGGAGGAGCAGCGACGCCUGCCGAGAGAGAAAAGCGAGGCGGAAGCGGAGAAGAAGAUUGAACGCGAGGAGAAGCAGCUCCAGAGCUGCCGGAAGGGCGACAACAGCCGUACUCAGGUGAAGGAGCUUCAGGAGCUGCUGAAGGAGAAGCAGCAGGAGGUCCGGCAGCUGCAGAAGGACUGCAUCAAAAGCCAGGAGAGAAUCAGCAGCCUGGAGAGGACCAUCAAGGCCCUGGAGUUUGUCCAGAGCGAAUCUAAGAAGGAGCUGGGAGCCACCCAGAAGAGCUUGGCCCAGGCGGAAGAGGGCACCCGGAGGGCCCAGGCGGAGCUGGCUUCCUGCCGGGUCUUGCUGGACGACACUCAGAGCGAGGCGGCCCGAGUCUUGGCCGAGAGCCUGAAGGCGAAAGAGGAGCUUCACGCCUACAAGGCUCGGGUCCAGGCAGAGCUGAGGCAGAAGGAGAAGGACCUCGAGAGGCGCCUGGAGCAGGAGAAGGGCAAGCACUCGGACGAGCGGAGGAGCCUGGAAGAGAAGCUGGAGGCCUUGCGGAGGGAGCAGGCGGGCUCGGAGGGACGGGCCCGGGACCUCCAGGAAUCCCUGCGCCGGAAGGACCAGGAAGCCCAGCAGCUGCAAGGCAGCCUCAACCACACCUUGGCCCAGCUGGCGGCCUUCACCAGGAGCAUGUCCUCUCUGCAGGACGACCGGGACCGGGUGAUCGACGAGUCCCGGCAGUGGGAGAAGAAGUUCAGCGAGGCCCUCGAGAAGAAGGAGCAGGAAGUCCAGGCCCGGGAGGAAGCGUGCGCGGCCUUGGAGGCGGAGGUGAAGCAGGGCGCUGCCCAGGUGGAAGAGCUGCAGACCCUCCUCGCCAGCCUGGAGCAGGACAAGUUGGCCCGAGAGUCUAGUGCCCAGAAACAGCUUCAGCAACAUCAAGAAGAAGUCCAGAUGCUCCAGAAAGAGAAAGAGGACCUGGCCUCCCAGCUCGAAGAGACCCGGCGGUUGCUGAGCCAGUCCCAGGACCGGGUCCAGAAGCAAGAAGCAGAACUGGGGAGCCUGAGGGAGGAGCUGUCCCGCCUGCAGGAGUCCUUGGCGCAAAGCAAAGCCGUGCAGGAAGGAAUGGAGGAGACCGUUAAAAGCCAAGAGGCCGACCUCCAGGAGUGCCGAUUCCGCCGUGAGCAGCUGGAGGCCGACUUGCAGGCGUCCAAGGCGCUGACGGACAGGCUCCACCAGGAGGCAAGCGCGAAGGACCAGAAGAUCAUCCGCCUUUUAGCCGCCCAGGAAGAGGCUGUGGCAGCCGCUGCCUCGGAGUGGGAGCAGAAGCACCAGGAGGAGCUGGCGCGGUUGGAGGACAGGAGAGGAAGGGCGGAAGCCGCCAAGGCAGCCCUGGAGACAGAGAAGAAGGGCGUUCAGGAGAAGGCGGAUCAUCUCGCGGAGAGGCUGAAGAGCGCCCGCGAGGAGAGCCAGCAGCUCAAGGCUCAGCUGGAUUCCUUCACCAAGUCCAUGUCCUCCUUGCAGGACGACCGGGAUCGAGUCCUGGAGGAUUAUCAGCAGCUGGAGCAGCGGCACCUGGCCGCCAUCCUGGAGAAAGACCGGCUGAUCCAGGAGGAGGCCGCAGAGAACAACACCCUGAAGGAGGAGCUCCGGAGCCUUCACGGCCGGCUGGAUGACUUGCACGCGGAGAACGCCAAGCUGGACGCGGAACUGGUGCGCUACCGCCAGGACUUGAACCAAGUCAUCUCCAUCAAGGACUGCCAGCAGAAGCAGCUGCUGAAGACCCAGCUGGAGCACCUCCAGGCGCUGGAGAAGGAGAAGGCCGGCGUCGAGGGCCAGCUCAGGGAGUCCGAGCGGGCCCUGGCCAGCCUGCGGCUCUCUGUCGAAGACCUGCAGCGGGAGAAGGACAGCGUGGAGCAGGAGGGGAAAGCCCUGAAGGACUCUCUUUCCUGGAUGGAAAACGAGAUGGCGGCUCUCCGGGAAGGCGGCCCCGUCUUGGAGCUGCAGGCGCAGCUGCAGGGCAAGGUGGACGAAGCGCAGGCGCUGAGCGGUCAGCUCUCGCUGGCCCAGCAGCGGACACGAGAGCUGGAGGCCGAGGUGGCCUCUCUUCAGAAGACUAUGGCCCAGAGGGUGCAGGAAGCAGAGGCCAAGAUGAAGAAGGAGCUGAAGGACCUCCACCACGACGCCGGGCUGAUGAGGAAUGAGACCGAGACCGCAGAGGAGCGGGUGGCCGAACUGGCCAAGGAUCUCCUGGAAAUGGAGCAGAACCUCCUGGCUGUCACGGAGGAGAACCAGGACUUGAAGGCCCAAAUCCAGUCCUUCCAGAAGGCCAUGAGCUCCCUUCAAGACAGCUGGGACCAGGCUCACGAGGAGUUGCGCGCCCUGGAAAAGAAGUACUCUGGGGAUAUGGAAGAGCAGCGGCUGUUGGUCCAGAGCCUGUCGACGGAGAAGGCCCGGCUCCAGGAGGAGCAGACGCGCCUGUCCGGGGAAAGGGAUGCCCUGGCUUCGGAGCUGGCUGCCCUUCGGAGCGCCGCGGAAGAGAAAGGCCUUCUGGCUCGCCUGGACCUCCUCGGCCAGCAGCUUCAGGCCAAGGAUGUGGAGCUGCUUCGCCUGGCCUCCGAGCUGGAGGGGGCCUCCGGGCAGGUGAAGUCCUUCUCCAAGGCCCUGGCCAGUCUCCAAGGGGAGCGGGACCGUUUGCUGAGCACCCUGGACAAAGCCCGCCGAGAGGAGGAGCUGCAGCUGCAGUCGACCGCGAGCGCGUCUGCCAGCCUGGCCGAGGUGCCGAGCCUCAAGAGGGCCUUGUCUGCCCUGCAGGAUGACAGAGACAGGCUGCUGGCAGAGCUGAAGAACCUGCAGCAGCAGUAUCUCCAGGCCGGGGUGGACACGGCCGAGAUCACCCGCUUGACGGCCGAGCUGCAGGAGCAGCAACGAGAGGUGGAGCGGCAGCAGAGCCUCCAGGAGCAGCUGAAGGCGGAGGCAGCCUCCUUGCAGCUGGAGCUCCAGCAGCUCAGGGAGGAAAAGGCGGCUUGGGAGUCAGAGGCCCCCGUGCGCCACGAACAGCCGCUGAGAGCGGCACAGAAGACCAGGAGGUCCGGCGCCCGGGGCCUAGAGGAGGAUCGGCAUCAAAGGCAGGCUGCUGCAGAAAGCUCUAGAUCCACCCAUGCUCUGAAGGGAGAGGCGCCCGGCCAAGGGGUGGACACAGAGGACCUCCAGGCCCAGCUGCAGAGCAGCCUGAAGGAGCUCCACCAGAAGGAGCUGCGCAUUCAGCAGCUGCACAGCAAGCUCUCCCAGGUCUUUGAAGAGAAGAAUUCCCUCUCGCUCCAGCUACGAGGAAGCAGCGGCAGCUUGCGGGAGAGCCAGCAGCGCUUCAGGGACGUCCUCGCCCGCUGUGAGGCACUGGAGAAGCGGCUGCAGGAGGCGCAGACUCCAGGGAAGGGCAGGGCGUCUCCCCCGACAGAUGCGGCUCCCGGAGGCCCCCAGGAGAGAAGUGAGCCCCCCAGGGAGAGCUACACCCCAGAGUUGCAGGAGCUGCAGAUGAAGCUCUCCGAGGCGAAGCAGCAGCAGAGCCAGGCGAAGGAGGGCCUGCUGCAGCUGGAGGAGCUGCUUCAGGAGGAGCGGGGCCGCCGCCUGGCCGCUGAAGAGGCCUUCUCCACCAUCCAGGAUCAUGUCCACCGGUGGGUCAGGAUCACGGGGCCAUCUGGCCGGUUGGGCUCACCCACCUUGUCUGUCUCCACCAGGCUGGAGUCCGCAGAAUGGUCGCACUCUGCAGAGACCAGCGUUGAGAUUCCUCUUGCCCCGGAGCACCAGCUGCUGGUGGGUCCGUCGGAGAGCUCCUUCAGCAAGGCUCGAGGAGGCACGGGGCUGCGGCGGGUCCUGCGUUCGCUGUUCUGUUCCCGCAGGCGCUUGCCCUGGCUGGCCACCAUCUACCUCCUGACUGUCCACGCGCUGCUGCUCCUGUGCUUCACCGGCCACUUGUGAGAGACGGACGCUCUCUCCCAUGGGGCGCCGGAAGCGUUUGGGUUCCUGUCGUUCCAGCCCCGGACACUUUGGCCGGGCUGCGGAUGGAGGAGGAUAUUCAGGGGCUCCCACCUGGUUGGGGGGGGCACUCACUCUCCUGGGAGGGCUGCCAGGCUUCGAGAGGGAGGGUCCCGGAGAACGAAGCCAAGGCUCGCCCGCAGGAGCCACCGAGGGCCCGGUGCUGGUUUCAUUGGGGUUCUUUGAGGAAAUCGUUGGGGUUUCUCUGUUCUGCCUUGAGUGCUCCUGAAUCAGGGCAAUGUUGGUUCACCGUCAGAGUUAAGAGGGGAAGCGGGAGAGGGAGGCAGACAAGAAGCCGUGUCUUGCCCUCCCCUUUUCCAUCAGCUGGGUGGAUCGCCAUCGGCUGACGAGCGGCCCCACAGGCGAGGGGCUGGAGGUUGGAUGCCUGCCUCUCCUGGCUAGCUCUCUGUACCCAAGCACCCGUUUUUUUAACACUGUUGUGGGAACGAGGACCAAGUGGACUAAAUCAAUUCCGAAGUGGCUGUUAAGGACCCAUCUAGCCCCUCCGCUAUUUAAAUUUUAUUUGAGCACCUGUUGUUGGUGCUCCCUGGCUUAAGCUCCGGGGGUCUGAAGGAGGAGAGGAUGCAUUUGAAGGGAAGAAAGCCAGGAAAAAGACCCCGAAGAGGGUUCUGGGAGCCGUGGAGGUUUUCCCCUUGCAGUUCUGAGGCCUGCAGGGAAGGCUAGAGGGGGGAGUCUCCGUUAGGGGUGGAGGGUGUGGGCAGGGGGGUGUUUGGGCCUUCCUGCGAGGUGACCAGAGGCUUCCCUCUCUUCUCCGCUUCCUGUCUCCAGUCUUUUCUGGUCCUCUGGAAUCUCAUCCUUGUGCAAUAAAGAUGAUUAUUUUUCUGA